AUGGAGGCGGCCGCGGCCGCGGGGGAUGUCAUCAUUGCCGCCCUUCCGAUCAACGACGAUGGAGGCGGGCAGGAGGCCAGCGGCGGCGAGCUGGAAGUCGCGUUGCAAGUAGGAUCAGAGUCACUCGACAUACUGAAAUCUCUGCUCAUCUUAAUUACUUCGGAUGCAGUCCCCUGGUGCCUGUUCAUCGCGUACAUGACUCUCUACGCCUUGGCUCUUCUGGUGUGGAUCCUCUGCCAUCCGUCGUCGGCAGCGCCGAGAUUAUUAGCCCAACGCCGGCACCAGGGGAAGCUGCUGGCCGCCGCCUACGUCCUCAGAGUCCUCGUGCAAGUUUUGUGGGGCCUCACCGCGCGGCAGGAUUUCAGCGUAGCCGUCCUCGCGGGGUUGCAGUUGUUCAGGACGACGAUACGGCCACAAGCUUGA